CCUCAUCCCUGGUGUGGGAUGACGUCAAAUUCAAGAUGGAUGGAAUCACGACCAGCGCGCAGAAAUCUACACAACACUGAAUAAAGUCCCGGCUGUGUGGAGGAAAGACCAUAUUGACGACGGGCAGGCCAUGGAGAGCCUAGUGCAUUACAGCAAUCCCUCCCAUGCCCUCUCAGUGUUGGGGGCUCUCAAUGAGCAGCGCCUUCGGGGCCAGAUGUGUGAUGUUGUCCUGGUUGUGGCCGACCAGAGGUACCAGGCCCAUAGGAGUGUUCUGGCUGCCAGUAGUGAGUAUUUCCAGUCCCUGUUCACACGGAUGGAUGCAGAGUCACUGAAAGUUGUAAACCUGGACUUCUGUGAGCCCGACGCCUUCGAGAUAGUUCUGAAUUACAUUUACUCCUCUUCACUCUUUGUGGACAAAGGCAGCCUGGCGGCCAUUCAAGAGCUGGGCUACAGCCUAGGAAUCCCUUUCCUCACCAACAUUGUGUCUACAAGGCCGCAUGCUUCCUACUGUGUCUCCAGAAAAAGGCUUUCAUUCUCUGAAGGGGAUGAGAAUGAUGUGCAGACAAGGAGCGUCAUUGUGUGUCGAGUACGGAAUGACACAACCCAUCCCUCUCACUCAAAUUAUCAGCGAAAAAAAACAGAUAGAUCAUCUCCCCACUCUACUCGAGAGCCAACUCAGCCUCUAUCAGAACACAACUCCUAUGAAUCAGUCAGAAAUUCUGAAUCCAUCACCAGGAAAUCAGCUGAACAGAGUGAAGCUGCCGAGAGGAAGUCCACCCAUCCAUACACCUCCAUAUUAAAAGGGAAUUCAUCACACAUUGCAUCUGUCAGGCCACAGCUCACAUCCUCGGUGUCAUUCAGUGAUGCUGAAGUGCAGCACAUCCGGCUGCAGUCUGCUGUUGAUCACGACCCUAAAGAGGAGAAUGAGGAGCAGGAGCCCCACUUCCAUACCAAAGUGCCCUUUGAGGGUCAGGCCAGUGAGCCGAGCCAGACCAUUGACAGGAGCGGGCCGCUCAUAAAGAGCCUACUCCGAAGAUCAUUAUCCAUGGACAGCCCCGUUCCGGUUUUUUCACCAACACUGGAGCUCAAGGAGCUGCAAAACCGUGAACAGUCAGUUGUUAAAAUGGCAUCAAAAGCUUCUGGGCCAGAAACGUCUGCUCACAAUGGCAGUUCAAAAGGAAGAUCUCCCCUGGUUCUCAGGUCUAAGUACCCCAGCAUGUAUGAUGAAGAAACUCAGGUAGAAAGAGAGGUCAGUGUGAAAGCUGAGCCCAGCAGUCCACUUGCUGACCCCAUGGACAUCAUUCGAAUCACAGUUGGAGAUGCGCUGCCAGUCAAUCUUAGAGACUUGCAAACAAACUAUGACCAGGGCUCCAGAUCAGACUACAGUUCUUUUGGGAAAAGAAAGGACAGGCCAGACAACAGGAGGUACCCAUUCAAGAAGAGCAAAAUAUUUAAAGAACAUGUCCUGUCACUCGAUGCCAACGUGUCAAAAACAGUACCUCAGAGUGCCAGUGGUGACUCUAAUGAGAACAGCGUGGAGCCGCCUCAGAACAAGAUUUUCAAAUGCUGGAACUGUCUGAAGGUUUUCAGGUCGAGUGCUGGACUCCACCGUCAUGUAAAUAUGUAUCACAAUCCUGAAAAGCCGUACGCUUGCGACAUCUGCCACAAGCGGUUCCAUACCAACUUCAAAGUGUGGACUCACUGCCAAACUCAGCAUGGUGUAGUACAAAACCCGGCCUCAUCCGCCAGCUCCUCUGUACUGGAUGAGAAAUUCCAAAAGAAGUUAAUAGAUAUUGUGCGAGAGAGGGAAAUAAAAAAAGCCCUGCUUUGGAAAUUAAAGAGGAAUAAACAGGGUUUGCAGUCUGCAGCGCACACCAAAAAGAGAUCAAGGCCCAGCUUCAUCUGUCCUUACUGUGGGAAGGUGUUUGUGUUCCAGUCUCAGUACAGACAGCAUUUAAGGACACAUCCUGCUGAAAAAGUUGACCAGGAGACUCCAAACGAGAGCAGCCUCUACCAGGAACAGGAUGAAGUCAUUCAGCAGAAGGACACAGACGCUGGUGUGUACUCCUGUCGUCUUUGUAAUAUGAAGCUGUCGUCCCUCUUUGAACAGGGCGACCAUGAGAGGGGCUGUCGACAUGCCACCGUAUGCCCCUACUGUGGCCUACGCUUCUCAAGUCCAGCGGUCAAGAAGGACCACGAGGCACAUUGCAAGUACAAGAAACUGACGUGCCUGGAAUGCAUGCGGACUUUCAAGUCCUCCUUCAGCAUUUGGCGCCACCAGGUGGAGGUCCACAACCAAAACAUGAUGACUGUUAAAGACCAGGCUCACAUGAAGCAACACGAGAACAACGAUGAGGUGUCUGAAAUGCUCAGAGAAGAGCAUUACAGCGAUGACCAUCUAGCAACUGGGAGCUCCAGAGAUAAUAUAAGUUACAGCGACUCCUCAGGUCCGCCCAUGUACGAUUCAGAAGAUUCCUCAUCCUAUGUGCCCGAGGACCUGAGCAUGGGUCACCAUGGCAAGCUGGUGGUGAAGGAGGAGCCUCUGGAGGAGGCCGUGAGUGAGAGGGAAAACAUGGAGACUGCCAAAACUGAGCCCGAGGAGCCUGGUGUGUGGCCGUGCGAGAAAUGCGGAAGUCUUUUCGGCUCUCGCAAAGACCUGGAGAGACACCAGGAGCUGCUAUGCCACAUCAAACCCUUCAUCUGUCACAUCUGCAACAAAGCCUUCAGGACCAACUUCCGCCUUUGGAGCCACUUCCAAUCCCACAUGUCGACUGCUAACGACCCUGGAGCCAAAGACAUCGACAGGCAGCCCUCGCCUCUUUCUCCCUCCCCUCCCACGACCCCUCAAAACUCUCUGCGACUCUCCCCGCAGCCCUCCGUGCUCAAAUCCACUCAGACGACGUCAGUCUCUGCCGCACUGGCCGAGGAGUCCAGCAGCCCAGAGCCCUGUAGCUCAUCAGUAAGCAGGACGAAGAGGCCUGAGCUAGAACGGCAACCCAGCAGCCACAGCCCUCUGUCAAGGUCGAACAGCAUGGAGAAUCCAGGCGGCCCUCAGGAAUCAGACACACUCUUUUACCAUGCACCUUCUCUCUCUGCCCUGACGUUUAAGAGGCAGUACAUGUGUAAACUCUGUCACAGGACCUUCAAGACAGCCUUCAGUCUCUGGAGCCAUGAGCAGAGUCAUAGCCACAUGUAAGCACCAGACAGGUUAAAUUAUAGUAGUGCAUUUCUGUUGAGAGACAAUACCUAAUACUAGAGUAAACACACCUCAGCCUACAAAAGGAAGACUCUGAAUGUAUAGCUUAGUCGCUUGCCUCCAAUGUCAUAAAUUACAGUGGCCAUGUUCAUUAGAGGUGUAAACGUGAAUGUGCAAUCAAGUGCUAGAUUCCUCUGUGAGAUGAGAUUAUUAUAAAUGGGUUUAUUUUCCUUUCCAAAUGAGCUAUAAGGAUAUAUCUAUUUUAAGCCUCUUUUUAGUUGUCUACUUGUAGUUAUCUACGUGGGUGUUUCGAGAAAACAAGGUACAGAGUUGCACCCCCUUUCUACUUCAGAUGUACAGUACCACUGAGAGGGAACACAGACCUGGUAUUACCAUCCGUCCUGAGUGAUUUGAUCAAAAGUGGCAAGCUCUAAGCCAUUCUGUUUACACCUGGCAUUACCAUGCGUCUCAACAUGUGUCUCGAGUGACCACUUGGGAUGGGAUCCCCGCAAACAAACACAUACUUUUAACGAACGGAUUCAGUUUUUUUGAAAUGGAGAAACAUUUUCUUCAUGUGUGGCAUUUGCCAAAUUAAUAAGAAUGAUUAAGAAUUUUUUGUAGACAGCAUUUUGCAAAGUUUAUAAAAUGUCUCCUUAGUGAACAACUAACAGUAUUUAGAAAGGGAGUCCUGGGACUUUAUUCGUGGGUGACAAAAGAAUUGGCCUAUAUCAGGUACUGUGUGUUUACAGUCGGUAAAAUCUUAAAAACUUGGCUAAAACAGUGUCUUCCAACAGGUGGAAAGGUAGGACACACUUUAGACACGGAAGCAGACGGGCUAGUGGAGCAAUGCCACAACAUACUGACAAUUUUUUUAAUAAGGAAAGGAACAACUUACUGUAUAGCAGUUAAUACAAGAUCUACAGGAAGGCUCAAAUGGUUUAGAAUUUGCCUUAGCCGGUUUACAAAGUUUUGUUUCUCCUCCCGCAACAACUUUUAAAUUUAUGUUAUUUGUAAGGGAGUCUGGGGAUAUUGCAAUAGUGUGUGUUCACACACAUCUGCUUAGCAGGUUAAGAGAGCCUUAACAUGCAGUUUAUGUAAGGGAUGAUGCCUUACGAGCCAGCUGAUGCUAAUACAGCUCAUUUCAGAUACAGGCUAUAGCAUACUAAUUUAGAAUGGCAUACAGGCAGUUUGACUGGAACUCAUUAUGGAAUUCCAGAGGUGCCGUAUAUUGAAAGUCCAUUCACAGCUUCCAGCCAGUCAGAAUCAAGUAUUCAUCGAGACUGUGGUAUGAAUUACAGCAAACUACAUGGAAAUCAGACGGUGUAUAAUCCGCCCUGUUGUUGUGGCUUCUAGUUUCACACACGUCAGUUGAGUUGUGUGCGUACACACUGCUUAAAGAAUGUGGUCAGAAGUGGCUCAGACCACCUCUGAAUGCGGUCUGAGUCACAAGCGCAAAAGCGUCUUCAAUGCGCUUUGGUGGAGCUGUCACUUUUUUUUUUCUGUUGAUCACUCUGCACGGAUAUUGCUACCAAGUGUGAACAGGGCCUUAGACUUAGAGGUACGGCAGAAAAAAGGGACAGCUCUGUACAGUGUUUUCUCAGUGUUGAAAAAGUGCUUUAAAUUUUCUGGAGGCUGCAGUUAAAUUAAAGAGUAGUGCUUUGCUUUUGUAUCAGAUCUGUCUCUUGAUGUGAGUGACAUCCCCUAAGGUAAUAUUGGUGGCCUCAACAAUGUAUUCAAUAUGCAGUUUGAAUCUGUUAUUGGGGGGGCACAUAGUAAAAAAUGUUCGCAUGGGUCUUUCACGAAAGGAGGUUUUAGGCUGCGGAGGUAAAAAUGAGGAAAAGGCCUGAGUUUCUGUUCUGUUUCUUUAUACUUUGAAUUAUUUUGCAUUUAUUGGCUCAUGUUUGAGUUACUUGUUGCCUUCGUGUCAUUUUCAGUAUAGCAGUUAGGUUAUAUCACACGCUGUACAUCCAACACACCGCCUCAGACACAUGUCGUUAUUAGGCAUUUCAUUCAAGUAUGCAACCUUGAUGAACUGCUUCAUUCAGUUAUUAUAAUUUAUCUUCCUCAUUACAAGCCUGGUGGAUCGUUCUCAUGUGUAGUUCAAGAGGGUCAGACUGUGCAACCGUCAGUCCUAAGACUGAAGAAAAUUAUGAUUUUUCUUUUGUUUUGUUUUUCACAGGUUAAAUGACUCAACAUGUCUGCAUGUUGCUGAAAAAAACCUGUCAGUAAACGGUGCUCAGGCCAGCUUAGUAGUAAAAGUGGGGAAAUUGUCAGUGAAAAUAAUGGGCUGGGUUGAUUUCAUAGUAUCCUAAAUACAACAUGACGUCAUUCAAGUAUUCAGCCCAUUAUGUCAGCUGCUGGAAAACAAUCUUAAAUAUUUAUAGCAAGCAAAGCACACUGCAGCACGGCAAUGUAAAUUAUGGUUCUACUCCAAUAAUAAACAUGGAAAUUAUUGUAUGACUUGGACAUAGUUGCAAUUUCUGAUUCACUAAAGUCAGCCACCGCAGUGCAACACCAGUGUUAUGUAAAUACUCAUAUCCUGACAGAUUUCUUGCAGUUCAACACAUUUGGUAUCUAACAAAGCUUUACGAUGCUUUGAUGGCCUUAUGCAACUUGAAAAAAUAUUUUGUUGAUCUUGUUUUACAUUUAAAAAAAAAAAAAAAAAGCACAAUGGAGUUUCAGAUGACUUAUGACUCAGGCUUUUCAGGGUGGUGAAGUCAAGAGGAGGGAGGCGUGAGAGAGCAAAUCUUUUAUUCUGCACACGGUGAGAGUGUUCCUGCUUCCUAAAGAUUUAUUAUUAAAGAUUGUGUUUUGAUUGUAUUCCAGUGGUUUUACAAUUGUAUUCUUGUACAAGUAUACGGUAUACUUCUGCUUCGGCUUGAUGGAUUAGAACUUUGUCAUGAAUUAUUUUGACUGCUUCUGUUUGGGAAAUGUUGCAUUCAAAGAGUGCUCCACACAAACCAAUGGGAAUUUGUUUUUCCACGAAAUGAGCAACGCGAGCUGCAUUGUGAUGUUAAAUUCUUUGGAGAAAUUAUGUAUUGAUAAUAGUGCUCUUAAUUUCUUGUGAUGAAAGCUUUUCUGAAAGUUUCACAGAGAUGAUUUAGAAUUGUGUAUAUGGAAGUGUUUGUAUCCUCGAUUUUGUACCAAUUUUGUUAGUAAACAAAGGUUUUAUCUUUUUAGUAUUCCUGUGCUCUCACUGCAAUAAUGAAUAUUUGUAUCAAGCAUUGGUUGCAUAAUUGUUGCUUUUGGAGAAUUGCAGCUGUUUUGUGUUUAGGUUUUUCUACAGUUUUUGUGCUUCAUUUCUGUAAUAAAGAGUAACAAUGGGGUAUAUACUACCAUGA